AUGUUUAAGCGUAGUCUUCAAACAAAUAAAAUAGUUUCAGAAGAAAAUCGAUGCUUAAUUCAAUUUUUUUUAUUUUCAGCCCCACUUGCAUCCCUUGAAUCCAUUCCGCAUGAGGAUCUCUCGGACAGUUCAGUGUAUCGCCGUUUUUUCAGUCCUGAAGCUGAUAUCUCCCCCAUCAAAGCCGCAGACCCUCCCAUUGAGCCUCUCUCUCGAAUUCCUCAUACUUCUCCACCUGAUUCCAAAUCUCGAACAUACAAAUUCUCGAUGGCCCUGAAGGAUGCAGCUCGAAUGUUCAGAUUCAGUAGUACGAGCAGUCCGAUUGGUCAGCAGGAGGAUGCAAUUACUUUGGAAGAUGGAACCACGUUGAGUUCCACGUUACCUCAGGGAUCAGAGUGCGUGGGAAGUCAGACGAGAUUGUUCAAACAGCAAAAGAAACCAAGGAAAAUCAGCGCAGCUUUAGGUGGAAUGAGCAGUGGAUCAAGAAUUGGAAGGAAGAGCAAGAACUCAACGACAUCUCAAGAUACUGGCCACUGUAACGCCUUUGAGGUAGCGCAGGAGAUAGAAGAAAUGGAGUCAUCAGUUGACAAUGAUCGUUUCCUUCACUCACUAGAGUCAGCAGUUUUCACUCCCUCUGUGAAUUUGACUGGGGGAUCUAACAACACUGUACCAUCCCGCUACUCUUCUUCGUCCACCCUCAAUGAUGGAGAUCUUGCCGAACUUAAUGGACAUUCAGCUGUUGGUCCCAUCCACCUUUCCCUCCCCCCUGGCUCUCCCGUUAUUGGUUUCGCCUACUUGGGACUGGGAGAUGUUCAAGAGGAAGAUGAUUUUGUCCAGAGGAUCGAUGAUAAAGGAUCCCAAGAAGCUAUAAAUCCCAAUGGAUCAGCUUCAACGGUUGGGACGGAUGUGGCUCGAGCAAGCACUCCACCAGUAGAUAAUGAGAUACGACUUCUCAAUCGAAAUAAGGUUAUCGGUCAACCUGAACUUGAUAACAAUCACUAUAACUCUUCAGACUCUGCAACAUCAGCAACCGCUAUGCUUCCCACUUCACGAGGGCUUGGACAGUCAAUAUCAGCCAGCCAUAUGGAUCUUCGUCCUCUGAGUACAAAUAUGGAGACGUGGUUGGUUGCCAGUGAUGAGCAUUUAUUAAUUUCACCCACAGGAGAGGGUGCAUCAAGGUUGCAGAAGGGGGCAGCUCAUCCAAUGCGAUCGGUUUCAUCUAAUGAUAUGUAUAAGAAUUAUAUUGACUUUACUGCUCGUGAUGCAGAUUUGAUGAUGCCUAAUUCAUCAUACUAUUGCGGUCGAUCACCGAGCAAAACAUUUUUGAAGAAUGAUGACUUACUUCUUCACAAUCAGAUCGUUCUUUAUUUUAAUGCGUCCGCGGCAUAUAACUUAACGGCAUUUCGUAGACAUCCUCGAUACUUUACCAGAGUUGUUUGUCCAGGGGUUUCAAUCAAGCCUUCUGGACGCUAUGUCCAAAACCGAGUAGACAACGGAACAGUUUAUUUCUGGCUGCUUCAUGUUCGAGCGUCUCUCGAAUGCCCAUCUCGUCAAGCUCCCAGUUCUGCUGAUUUCCAACUUCGUUUGAUUCAGUGGAUUGCCAGAUCAGGGGCCGAUUACUCUCCUAACGACAUUGAAGAAGCCUAUGAUCGAGGUGAUUCCUCACAUCUACCCGGACUUAAAGAAUCGGAAAGUCUUUCUCUAUCCUGCACUUCACCACAGCGGAAUAUAACCCUGCAAGAUCGAGUGCGCGAUCUCAAAGUUUCAUGGGCUAUUUAUCCCGACCGAUUUCCUGUACAGUCAGAAAAUGAAACCCAGGAGACCACCAAUCAAUUUCUUGCUGGCUUCAAAGACAUCCCUCCCGACCUCAAAAUACGCAUCCAGAUCACCUCGAGGCUGCACUUUGGAGGAAACUUUUCACUUUCUCGAAAACGGCAACUGUGCGAGCUCUAUGGAUACUGGUGUAAUGGAGAUUCCACCGAUAAUGGUAGUGAUUCCCGUCGUCGUUAUAAGCGUCUUGAUGGUGGAGGCAGGGAAAUCGGAACGUGUAUUCGGUCCUCAAUGCGAUGUGACGGCUUGCCUGACUGUUGGUUAGACGAUCCUACAAAUUCUCCAGAUGAAGUGGGCUGCAAUACUAGACCUCCAAAUGAUCCAAAAGAACCCUUUCCAUCUACUGAAUAUUUCAACAACAUAAGUGCUUCUGUCUCACCUCAAAGCAAUCGUGGUGAAUUUGUUUAUUCAAAGGAUUUUGAAUAG